GAAGCAGGCAAUCACCAAAGACCAGAGAUCAACGAUCCGGGAUUGCGUGCACUCUUUCCACGACAACACAUUCUCAGCAAAUCACACCACAAAGUAGUAGCCAAAAUGGAGGGUCUUUUGUUCAACGUCAAUAAUGGCUACAUUGAGGGUAUUGUUCGGGGAUAUCGCAACAGCUUGCUCACCAGCUCCAACUACAACAACCUGACCCAGUGCGAGAACAUUGACGACCUCAAGCUUCAACUCGGCCCUGCGUAUGGCGACUUCCUCGGCUCCUUGCCUCCCAACCCUUCCACAUCAAGCCUCGCCGCGAAGACGACAGACAAGCUUGUCUCCGAGUUCCGAUAUGUUCGCGCCAACGCUGUCGGCUCGCUCGCCAAGUUCAUGGACUACCUGACCUACGGCUACAUGAUCGACAAUGUCGCCCUGCUCAUCACCGGGACCCUGCACGAACGCGACACCAGGGAGCUGCUCGACCGCUGCCACCCGCUUGGCUGGUUCGAGACCAUGCCCGUCCUCUGCGUCGCCACCAACAUCGAGGAACUCUACAACAGCGUCCUCAUCGAGACUCCCCUAGCUCCCUUCUUCAAGGGCUCGCUAUCGCACCAGGAUCUCGAUGAGCUCAACAUUGAGAUUGUGCGAAACACCCUGUACAAGAACUACCUCGAGGACUUCCACAACUUCGUCAACACGGAGCCCGACAUGGCCGGAACACCUACCGCCGAGGUUAUGAGCGAGAUCCUCGAGUUCGAGGCUGACCGUCGCGCUAUCAACAUCACACUCAACAGUUUUGGCACAGAGCUUAGCAAGGGCGACCGCAAGAAGCUGUACCCGUCCUUUGGUCGCUUGUACCCCGAGGGCACACUUAUGCUGUCGCGCGCCGACGACUUCGAGGGCGUGCGACUGGCUGUCGAGGGAGUCGGAGACUACAAGAACUUCUUCGAUGCAGCAGGGCUCGGUGGUGGUCCUUCGGGGCCCGGCAACAUGGCUGGUGGCUCUGGCGGAAACGACCAUCGGAGUCUGGAGGACAUGUUCUACGAAAAGGAGAUGCAAAUCAGCAAGAAUGCAUUUACGAGGCAAUUCACCUUUGCCAUCGUGUACGCUUGGGUGAAGCUCAGGGAGCAGACAAUGCCUAUGGAGAUCCGCAACAUCACGUGGAUUGCUGAGUGCAUAGCUCAGAACCAAAAGGAGAGGAUUGGCAAUUACAUCAGCGUCUUCUAGUGGCACCGAACCCUCCCUGUAUUUGUGUAUAUCUGCUGUUUUGUAGCAUAAUGAGUUUGUUUAUCGGAACCCCCUGAAGCAUGAUUGGUUUUGUUAGUUUACCGCGGCGCUAUUUGGCAUUCAAACAAUUAGAAGAUGAUGGU